AUGGCUGAGUACAAAUUUGAAGGAGAUAUUUCAAAUUUAAACGAACACCAUUUGGCGUUCAUGAGUAAAAUUAUUUCCCAGCAAGAUAUUCAGGUCGACAAAGUGACCGUUCAUCCGGUUGGGGAAGCAGGUGACAAUUAUGUAGCAAAUGUGAAAAGAAUUAACAUAGAAGGUUCUAACAGAAGCAUGAAGAUGAUUGUGAAAAUAGCACCAACAAACGAAGCAAUGCGUAAAUCAAUGCAUAUUGAUGUUGUAUUUCAUCGGGAGCAAAUUAUGUAUACGGAAGUGUUACCAAAGUUAGUUUCACUACAGAAGGCAGCAGGAGUACCAGAAGACGAACAUCUCAGAUACGCAAAAUGUUACGGAUCUAAAGACGAAGCACCAAAUGAAAUGAUUAUAUUAGAAGACUUAACUGAAUCAGAUUUUGUUAUGUUAGACAAAUACGUUUCCCUAACCGACGAAAGUGUGAAGAGUAUUUUAAAAAACUUUGCCACUCUACAUUCUCUUUCAUACGUGUUAAAAAACAAAGAACCAGACACUUAUGAGCAAUUUAAAAGUAAAUUACCUAGCCUUUGGCCACUUGUUGCUGGAACACCAGAAUUUGAUUUAAAUAUAGAACUUAUUGAAAAAGCAGUAUUAUCUCUGUUAGAAAAUGAGGUUUAUAAAAGUGUUGUCAGAAAUAAAACAGCUGAUAUGUUUAAAGCUUUGUUAAAACUGUCGAAAGAAGAUGUGGGCAAACAUGGAGUGAUUAUUCAAGGAGACGCUUGGACAAACAAUGUGAUGUUUAAAUUUGUGGGAGACACAUUAGUUCAAUCAUGCAUGAUUGACUAUCAAAUAUCCUAUCAUCAAAGUCCUGCGAUGGAUGUUCUUUACAUGAUCUUCAAUUGUACCGACCAUGAGACCAGGUCAAAGAACUUCUACAACUGGAUAGAUUAUUACCAUACAGAGUUAGAUAAAAAUUUGUCAAAUUUUGGCUUGAAAGCUAACUUAGUUUAUCCAAGGGAUCAAUUAGAUGCAGAUAUGAAAAGAUUUGCUAGACCUAUGCUGGGCAUGUCGUUACUCUUGUUCAAUCUAUUGAUGAGAGACGCUAAAGAAGCCAGUGUAGUUAAGGAAAAUAUUGAAUCUGGUGGAUUUUUUAAUGCAGUUAAAACAAUGAACCAACAAGAAUUGCAAAAAGAAAGCUUAGCUCGUGGCAAAAAGAGAAUGGAAGAUUUGAUUAACAGUUGCAUUACAUUUGGUUUAAUACACGUAUAA